AUGUUCUUUCAGGAGCUCCUCGCGGGCUCCUUGGAUUCAGCUCUGAAUCUACUCAAUAGCUUAGAAGAUCUUGAAACAAUGUCAGAUCAAUCAAUUUCAGAGCUCCGUAUCCUUGUUACUUCAAUUUUUAAAUUAAUUAAUCAAGAUAUGCCGCAAUUUGAUGGUGGGCGCUUCAUGGUCCAAUUCUUCAGUCAAUACUCAAACGAUGAUCCUGACAUUCAGCGCGUAGCUAAUGAUUUAAAUAAAUUUCGAUCUUUAUACAAACAAAUUUUGCAAACACGUGAACAGAUUGCCUUACUACAUUAUAAUUUAAACUUAUUUCACGAAUAUACACGUAUAUUUGGAGAACUUGCUCCAUCAUUUGAUGAAUUAAAAGGCAAUAUUUCAUCUUUCGAACCAAAAUCCGUAGAUGCUUAUGUUGAGAAGACAGGACCUCGCGAAUAUUCUCCUGUUCCAAAUAUUUACUCUCAUGAGUACGAAAAACGAUUAUUUUCAGCAGAUUUCCAACCAAUUGAUUCUAUUUAUAUCUCAAGGUUUCUCCAGCGUAUCCGUCCUAAUGAUGAAUCUUCAAUUGUCAUGAAUACCAAUAUUUUACUUAGUUCUACUUCAGAAAUGUUGGAAAAAUUAAUAGAAAUGAAAUAUGAAACAGAUUACGAUAUACAGAUGGGAAAUAUAAUAUACAAAUACCCUGAACGUGAUAUUGUUCUUAACCAUCAGUUCUCAAAACAACUAAUUAAGCAAAAUAAGUCUUUUGAAAGCAUUAUUAAUCACGAUGACGACAUAGCAGUACUUUCAAGAACAAAUAUGCUCAAAAAUGCAUCGAUACUAUACGACAUGGCCACUUCUCUCGAUGAUUAUUUUGUUGAAUCAGACAAUCAAACAAAUUACUUACCUGUUAUAGCCGCCAAGGUCAAUGCUGUUGAUAACAAGAUUAGAUCCAUUAGAUACAUCAAUAAUUUACUUAGAAAAUCUCAAUAUGUUCCAUUAUCUCAAGGAAUCCAGCCAAUUCUUGAUUACAUUGAGUUGCAACAUAAAAUGGAGUCAUUGUUCAACGAUAUUAUCACCAACGGCUUUGAAAACAAGCAUCUUGGAGAAAUAGAUACGAUUAUUACCGAAUUAGGAGAGAUUAAGAAGAGAUUUACCGAUGCCAAACGGGAAAUAUCCAAAGUACUGAAAGAUAAAGAGUAUCAGCUGACUAUUUUGAAGAAUACAACUCCACUUCCUCCUCCUGACGUAACUGCGCUUAAUGUUACCAGAGAAAGGGCGUUUAAUAUGUCCAAAGCUGUCAUUAAAGCUGUUGACGAGGCAAUGGAAGGAAGAAUGAAGCUAAAAGAAGGAAUUAUGAACUGUAUUAACACAAUUUCAACAAUUGAACCUCCAAUUCCUUAUUCAAUUGUUGUAAAUGAAGAUGAUACACAAUAUAAUGACACAAUUACAUGGCUAAAGUCAAUAAGAGACGAUCUUCAAAAUUAUGUUGACAAUUUGAAACAAGAAAUUGCAGAAAAGGAUAAAAUAAUCAAUAAGGAGCCAUCAAGAGUCAAUAGUACAACUGGACAAAUGAUUAUUCAAGGAAGUGACGAAAUAUACAACGAACUCCGAGCAAUUGUCAGUUGUCCGCUCUGUGAAAGGGAAGCCACGCAUUGUUUGGGUAAGUGUGGCCACAUUUUGUGCGCUGAUUGUGUGGAUAAGGUUGUAACUUCUGAUACUUUCGUUUGUCCCGUUUGCGGCUGCCAAUCUGUUAAAGCUGAUAUAAUCGCCAUCAAAUGGUAG